AUGACAAGUUUAAAAAUUUUAAAAAAUGAGAAAGCUGUGUUAGCUUUAGCUUGGUCUCUCUGCUUCAUUAGCUCAGAAAACAUUUUUUUAGAGCUUAUUUCACACGUUACAUCAGAAAAACAUUGUGCUUCUUUAGUUAUUGGUGCUAUAAUCUAUUGGUUAUUUGGUUUUGCUUUUGCGUUUGGUGGCAACAUGAAUGACAUCAAAGGAGAAGCAGAAAGGUUUAUUGGUCAUACAGAUUUUGCACUAGCUGACCUUAACAGUGACGCAUACGCAUUCUGGUUUUUCCAGUUUGUAUUUGCGGCUACUGCUGCCACAAUUGUGAGUGGUGCUAUAGCUGAAAGAGCUGAAUUCAUGGCAUAUCUAAUAUACUCAGGAUUAAUUACAGGAUUUGUGUAUCCUGUGGUUACACAUUGGGCGUGGUCUAAUGAAGGUUGGCUUGUUGCAGGAAACAGCGACGUUGCAUACCUAGAUUUUGCAGGUAGUGGUGUUGUCCACAUGGUUGGUGGUAUGCUUGCCUUAACUGGUGCGAUAUGUAUUGGUCCACGUAUUGGACGAUUUGAUAAGACGAAUGACCAGUCUAUACGUGGGCACACAGUCCCAAUGGUCUCGUUAGGUGGUUUCAUCCUUUUCUUUGGAUUCCUUGCUUUCAACGGAGGAUCACAAUUAACUAUUUCCUAUUCGGGCGAUGCAAGUGUUGUUGCACUUGCCAUUGUUAACACGAUUCUAUCAGGUGCUGGUGGAGCUGUCACAACCAUGUUGAUGAAAAGAAUUGCGACGGGAUUGUUUGAUGGACACUGGAGUUUACUGACAACUAUUAAUGGAGGACUUUCAGGCAUGGUCUCCAUAUGUGCUGGAUGCAACUCUGUUGAAACCUAUGCUGCCUUCAUUACUGGUCUUAUUGCUGGUAUGGUCUUUAUGUUAUGGAGUUUUGUCCUUGAGAAACUUAAAGUUGACGAUCCACUUGAUGCCGUUGCAGAGUUGGAAGAUAAUGAUUAA